UCUCUAACCUCAGUCACUCUUUUGACCACAUCCUGAACAACAUCAUCGUCGUGAUCUUUAGCCGGUUACCUGCUAGGCUUCAUCUACUCGCUUCUCUUCUACCAUCAGUUACCUCUACCUAAUAUACCCAUAUUAUUCAUAAUGGCGCCGGCUUUCAUUGCUAAGUUGAAGCUUAAGCUCAAGUCUAUCUUCCGUAAGAAGAAGACCGACCAGGAGGAUUCUGAAGCUACUCCUGCUGCUGAUGUUGCUGCUGCGGAGCCCCAGGCUGAUGCCCCCGCUGAGACUCUCGCCGAGGGAGCGAAGCCGGAGCCUACUGAGCCUGUGACAUCCUCAACUGCCCCGGUUCUGGAAUUGAACACGGGCGCACCAACCGCAGAAACCGUGGCGGAGGACCACGCCGCGGAGAAGAAGGCUGAGGCCGCUGCUGAGGCUGCUGCUGACAAGCCUGCCGAGACUGCUGGGCAAGCGAAGGCCGAAGAGUCGAAGUAACCGAACUCAUGGCGACGAGCGAUGCGUUGUGAUCUCCGCGCAUCUUCCAUUCUUUCACCCUCGAAUUCCUUAAUACCUUGCAUCUCAUACCCAGCAUUGACUGCUACCGAUUUCCUUGUGCUCUGUGGUCGAUAUCAUCUUCUCAAAAUACCCUAUCUUGUUUGUAUUAGCUUGGCAUCCUUCCAUACCGU